CAGGGCCACACCGGGCCAGUCGCAGUCUCAGAACGACGAUGACGAUUCAGUCUCGGAUUGGACUCACGCUGCCAAGCAUCGUCGAUCGCGAAGUUCUUCGGCGUUAUGUGCGCCACGUGAGUGUUGCGAGUGAGUCUCUCGAGUGCCGUCGCUAUAUCAUCACCGUUUAGGCGGAUCAAUGAUGUCACUGAAGAUAAUGUGCUAUGAAAUGUGCUAUGGUCAGAUAUGAUCUAUUGAUAAUGCAGAGAUCAUCCAGUUUGUAAGGAAAUCUGAUCAGUCAAAGUGUUCUGUGAAAUUAAAAACAUAUACAAAUAUAUAUAAAUAAAUAUAUGCAGUGUACCUUUUGGGAUCUACAAUUUAUGCAGUUUUGGAAAUAUCCAAUUAUAAAAAGAUGAACCAGCUGUGCAAAGUGUGCGGCGAACCGGCGGCUGGUUUUCAUUUCGGGGCAUUCACAUGCGAAGGCUGUAAGUCCUUCUUUGGGCGCACCUACAACAACAUCGCGGCUAUAGCCGGCUGCAAGCACAACGGGGACUGUGUGAUCAACAAGAAGAACCGCACGGCCUGCAAGGCGUGUCGCCUGCGCAAGUGCCUCUUAGUGGGGAUGUCGAAGAGUGGCUCCCGCUAUGGACGCCGCUCCAACUGGUUCAAGAUCCACUGCCUGCUGCAGGAGCAGCAGAGCACGGCGGGUACAGCCAGCGGGACUGCUGGUAGCGGACCAGGGGGGGUCGGUGGGGUAAGCAGUGCGAAUCUGGAGCAGCUCGCGCGCCUGCAGCAGGCGAGCCAUCAGGCGCGUCAGACCUACCAGGACAAAACGAAUCCCUGCAUCAAGUCAGCCACCUCCAGCUCCCCCACAAUGGGGGGAGUGGGCGCGGCGGGAGCCACCUCCUCCGCAGCCUCUCCUAGCCUGCCCGGAUUCCUGCAGGCGGCCAAAUAUCUCAACGAUCGCCAGCAGCACCAAAAGCACCAGCAGCGGCAGUUGAAGCUGGAAUCCCGCCUGAGUAACACCCCCAGCGACUCCGGCGCAUCAUCGGCCGGCGAUCCCAACGAGGAUGGUGCCACCAGUGUGCUGAGUGGCAACACCACGGGCGUCAUCAGCACCGCUGCAUCAAUGCCCAAGCUGGGCCAGCGGCAGGGUUGCCCUCCAUUCCCCGCCACCUCCGAGCCGGACGCAGAUCUGGCUGCGCAGCAGCAGCGUCAGCGCCAUCAGGAGCUGCUCGAGAUCUUCCGCAGUCACUCGGAGCCGCUAUACAGCUCCUUUGCCCCGUUCAGCCACCUGCCACCAGUGCUGCUCGCGGCCGGAGUGCCCCCACUGCCCAUCUUCAAGGACCAGUUUAAGGCGGAACUGUUAUUUCCGGCCGCCAGCAGUCCCGAGCUGGACGAACCCAUCGAUCUCUCGCUGAGAUCGCGAACAGAUCCAGCCAGUCCCUUGGCGCCUGGCUCAAACAGUCCCAGUUUGAGCGAGCCUGCAGCGGCCGGUCACUUCCUGGACGAGACCUCGAUCCUUGUCCGCAAAUCCACGCCCCUCGACCUCACUCUGGUGCGCUCCCAAACCCUAACGGGCUGAAAGAUAGCUGCGAUCUGAGAUUCGAGAUUGCCUGAAAAUUCGUUCCAGUGCUAAAACAAUUUCGAAAAGAUAUUCUUACCUGCAGAAGAAAGGACCACGGAGAAAUGGGCGCUAAGAUACUCGUAUAUGAAUACCGAAACCAGAAGAAAUCUACCCAUAAAAACCCCCUUCAUCUUCAUCAUUUUGGUGCCAGUGAAA